AAUGUAAAAUAAUCAAGGGGCAGCAACUUAAGAAUAAUCUAUUAAUUAAGAGAAUAAGUAGGAAACAAGAUUAUGUAAUAUAUGUAUGACUUUCUUUGGAACAGCAGCUACAUAAUUUUAUUGUUCAAAAUGUUACUAGUAAUUAUAAUUAAUAACUAUUUUACAAUUAGAUCUAUUAUUAAAGAAAGUAGUGCAGAAAUCUAACAAUAGUAACAGAUUGUCUAAGAAAAAAAGGAAAAAGAUGAAGUAGUAAAAUUGAAUGUAAAAAGUUGUAUUUUAAAUUUUAUCAGGAAGACCCAUCAAAAUGUAAAAUAUGUAAAAGAAAAUUGGGAAUAGCUGGUAUUUAAUGUAAAUGUGAGGCUUAUUUUUGCAAUAAACAUCGGUUACCAGAGGAACAUUAAUGUACAUUUGAUCAUGCUGAAAAAGCUAAAUAAUUACUUAGAAAAAAUAAUCCACUUGUAGAUCCUUAAAAAUUAGAAAAAUUAUGAU